AUGCCACCGAGGGCGACAGGCAGCAUCGUCCCACUGGAGGACGGGUGGGAAAAGAUCAAGAAUGAAGGGAUCAAGGUGCUAGAAGAAUUUCUGGACACUGGACAUAUAAGAUCAACAGUGCCGCAGAACACUGACCCUCAGAAGCCGCGCAAUGUCUUCAGCAAAGCCAACUAUGCAGAACUGUAUACGACAGUGUACAAUAUGUGCACCCAGCGAACGCCAAACAACUGGUCAGAGCAGCUGUACCGGCGGUAUGGAGAAGCGAUGUCGGACUACGUCCAGCGCCAGGUCCUGCCAGCACUGAAAGAUAAGACAGACAUCCCCUUGAUGAAGGAGCUGCUGCACAGGUGGGUCAACCACAAGAUCUACGUGAAGUGGAUGGACAGAUUCUUCACCUACCUGGAUCGGUACUACGUCAAGCUCCAAUCAGUUGAGCCGCUGCACAACAGGGGCUACAGCAUCUUCAACCAGCAGGUUUUCACCAGUGUCAUCAAGGAUACGCGAUCAGCGCUGCUGAAGGUCAUCAAUCAGGAGCGACAAGGCGAGCACAUCGACCAGGAUCUUGUCAAAGGCGUCAUUGAGAUCUUCAUUGACCUUGGUCUUAACAGCUCGAACCUAUACAACACCGAAUUCGAGGAAGCUUUUCUGCCGGCUACUAGCAGCUACUUCGUCCGACAAGCCUCAGGCUGGCUGUCGGAGGAUUCCUUCCCAGAGUACCUGCGGAAAGCCGAGGCAGCGCUGCACGCCGAGGACCAGCGCUGCCACAACUACCUGAGCAGGACAACUCUUCCCAAGCUGCGAAAUGUAGUGAUCCUGGCAGUCCUGUCGCAGCCACAGGGCCAGUUGCUCGAGAAAGAGACAGGCGUCGUGUACCUUUUGGACAACGACAAGCGAGAGGAUUUGGCAAGAAUGCACCGCAUGUUCAGCCUGGUCGAGAAUGGUUUGAACCCCAUCGCGCAGGCGUUCCGCCAGUACGUGACUGAUAGGGGGAACCAGAUCGUCGACGAGCGCGUGGAGCAGCAGAAGCAGGUGUCAUCCAAGGCGGAGGCUUUGAACGACCCAACCUUCAUCCAGACUCUUCUGGAGCUGCAUGACCGCUUCAAAGGAAUCGUGCACGAGUGCUUCUCACAGGACUCCCUUUUCCAAAAGUCGCUCAAAGAAGCCUUCGAAGUCUUUGUGAACCGCGACAUUGGGAAGUUCUCCUUUGCGGCCCUGAUGUCUUCUUUCUGCGACCGCAUCCUGAAGAAGUCAGGCGAGCGGCUGUCAGACGAGCAGGUGGAGAACCUUCUGACGAAGAUGGUGGAGCUCUUCUCCUUCCUUAGCGACAAGGACCUCUUCGCCGAGAUCUACAGGAAUCAGCUGUCCAAGCGGCUGCUCUACGAGACCUCCGCCUCCGAGGACGCAGAGAAGAGCAUGAUUGCCAAACUCAAGAUGAAGUGCGGGGCGCAGUUCACCUCCAAGCUUGAAGGCAUGCUCACGGACCUGUCCCUGGCCCUGGACACCCAGAAGGACUUCAAGGACCACUGCGAGCAGCUUCCCGAGGGCAAGGCAGCCCUCGGCGGCAUCGAAUUCAACGUCACUGUGCUGACGACUGGCUUCUGGCCAUCUUAUCAGGUGCAGGAGGCAAGCCUUUGCCCGGAAAUGCAGAAGGCCAUCCAGGUGUUCAGCAAUUAUUACAAUGGCAAAACGCAGCAUCGGCGACUGCAGUGGAUCCACUCCCUGGGGCAGGCCACGAUUGCCGCCAAGUUGAAUGGUCGAAGGCACGACCUGAUCGUCAACUCUUAUCAGGCGCUGAUCCUGCUUCUCUUCACCAGAGACGAGUCCCACAACCUUUCCUUCAUCCAGAAUUCGACUGGUUUGGAGCCGAGCAUGUGCAAGAAGCUUUUGGCCACCUUGUCGAUUGCCAAGUUCAAGAUUUUAAGUAAGACUGGCGACGGCAAGACGAUCGAGGAUGACGCUAGCUUUUGCCCCAAUGAUGGCUUCCAGUGCCAGCACAGAAAGAUCAAGAUACCUCCUCCAGUGACGGAAGAGACGCACAACAAGGAGCGCGUGGAGGAGGAUCGUUCCAUCGCCAUCGAGGCGGCCAUCGUGCGCAUCAUGAAGAUGAGGAAGACGUCCCACGUCUCUCCAUGCCUCUCCCACGUCUCGCAGUUCUGCGCUCUGUUUGCUCUCCCGGUGGCGCCAGAUCUGGAAACUUGA